AUGGCUACCAUUCUGGUUAUCAGCUCCAAGUCUGUCGAUAUCCGUUCGUGGCAGAGCGUGUUCCGUCUACCGCCUCCUGACCGACCCCAGUCACCACCAUAUCAUGCUCGACGACCGCAUAAGAAGUCGCGAACCGGGCGAUGCGAGAAGCUGGGUGUUUCUUGUAGCUAUGGCGCCUUCCCCCAAAGUCAGGACCUUCAAGAGAUGAAAAAACCGGAUGGCGCCGCAUUCUCUCUAUCGCUAAAGGAUAUCGAAUUAAAGGUCAACCAGGCUUUGGCGACGGACUCUGGCUGUCUCGAGAUUGGCGCCCUCAAAGACAGCAACCUCGCUCAGCCGAUGACCGUUGUAGCCUUUCAGCAUUUCAUGAACUAUUCAACCGACACCAUUGGCCAUCCUUCCAUACGGCACGUCAUGAAGAGCGAUAUGAUUCAAGUGGCGUUUGGAAGUCCCCAUCUAAUGUACACAAUCCUAGGCGUCGGCAGCCUCCACCUCAGCCGGAUCCGUCCACAGAAUCAAACCUGGCGACUUGCAGAAACCUACUUUUGGCAGCAAGCCAUCCAGACAUAUCAAGCCGCGCUUUCAUCUAAGAUCUCCCCACAAACUGUCGACGGCCUGCUGUCGACCUGCAUGUUCAUGGGCAUCACAUCCCUCUGUCCCGAUCGCUUUGAGCCUACCGACUCCUGGGUUCUGUCGAACGCACCCGGAGCAAUGAACUGGCUUUGCCUGCAGAGCGGCCUGCGCAUCAUCAUCAAACUCGCGGCGCCGCACAUGCAGUCCAGCAUCUGGGCAUCGGCAUUUCAGCAAACUCACCAGGAAGAGGUACAGUUGUACGACGAGGGUGUUACCCAAGGCCGUGAUGGGCUUGAUCCUGACCUGGCCGAUUUGUGUGGGAUUGAUGACUCGACCACGGCAUUAACGAAUCCGUACUAUGAGCCUCUCAGAAUUCUGGCUGCUAUAUUCGUUUUGGAACACAACAUGAAGAAUGCUUCUCAAUGCGCGACUUUCAUGGGCCGACUCGAGAAUAAUUUUCUUACACUGCUGAGGGAGAGGGACCCGCCUGCACUGUUGAUACUGGCGCAGUGGAUGGGCCUCAUGUGUACACUGUCCGAAUGGCAGCCCUGGGUAGAGGGAAGGAUUCGGGGCGAAUGCAAGGCUAUCUGCAUGUAUCUAGAGCACAGCACCGGCCCCCGGGUUCUGAGGCUUCUUCGCUUCCCGGCGAGCGCCUGUGGAUAUCACUUGGCAUAUGUUUAG